AUGCCCGCUGGAUAUCACGAUAGGCGAACAGCGCUCCAAGCAGCAGCCAAAGGGGGGUAUCUCGAGAUUGUGGAUCGACUUCUUGCAGCAAAAGCAAAUGUUAAUAUGCCCGCUGAAGAUUAUAUUGGGAGAACAGCACUCCAAGCAGCAGCCGAAGGGGGGUAUCUCGAGAUCGUGGAUCGACUUCUUGCAGCAAAAGCAGAUGUUAAUGCACCUGCCGGACGGUAUAACGGACGAACAGCGCUCCAAGCAGCAGCCGGAAGGGGGCAUCUCGAGAUCGUGGAUCGACUUCUUGCAGCGAAAGCAGGUGUUAAUACGACUACGGGAUAUGAAAAUGGGCGAACAGCGCUCCAAGCGGCAGCCGAAGGGGGCUAUCUCGAGAUCGUGGAUCGACUUCUCGCAGCAGAAGCAGAGGUUAAUAUGCCUGCUGGAGAAGCCAAUGGACGAACAGCGCUCCAAGCGGCAGCCGAAGGGGGCUAUCUCGAGAUCGUGGAUCGACUUCUCGCAGCAAAAGCAGAUGUAAAUGCACCUGCCGGACGGCGGAGCGGACGAACAGCGCUCCAGGCAGCAGCCGGAGAGGGGCAUCUCGAGAUUGUGGAUCGACUUCUUGCAGCAAAAGCAGAUGUGAACGCGCCUGCGGCAGAUCUCGAUGGGAAAACAGCGCUCCAAGCAGCAGCAGAGAAUGUAAACAACGCCAAAGUUGUUGAGUGUUUGAUGCAGGCUGGGGCCUGCCAAAAAGAAAACCUAGAUUUGUCAUGA